AUGGCUGGGAUAGCAAUAUCUCCAGCCCUCGCGUCGCAGCUAUUCGCCAUUCAGCAUGGCAUCAUCUUUGCAUCUUUUCUCGCGUGUAAUGUUUGCCAGCAACCGCGUUGGGAUCUCCUCAGCGUGGUAAUCGGCAUUCAGUGUCUGCUCUCCAUAGACCUGGAUGUUUUUGCUCUGGCAUAG